GUCAGCAUGGCUGACUGCAUCUCACUGCACCGGGGUUUCAUUCUCUCCUUCAUCCUCACCCUCGCCCUGCACCAGGUGGAGCUGUCAGUGUUUCUCCCAGCCUCCGAGGCAAACAACAUUCUGCUGAGGUGGAGGCGAGCCAGUUCUUACCUCCUGGAAGAAUUCCUCCAGGGGAACCUAGAAAGGGAGUGUUACGAGGAAAUCUGCAACCGCGAGGAGGCAAGAGAAGUGUUUGAAAAUGACGCCAGCACGGAUGAGUUCUGGAGUCAGUACAGUGGUGGCUUUCCGUGCAUCUCCCAGCCCUGCCUCAACAACGGGACAUGUAAGGACCACAUCCGCAGUUUCAGCUGCACGUGCGCCCCCGGCUAUGAGGGCAAGACCUGUGCAAUGGCUAAAAAUGAAUGUCACCUAGAGAGGACGGAUGGAUGCCAGCAUUUCUGCCACCCAGGGCAGUCAUCCUACAUGUGCAGCUGUGCCAAGGGCUACAAGCUGGGUGAGGACCACAGAUCAUGCAGUCCAAGUGACAAAUGUGCAUGCGGGGCUCUGACUUCCCAACACAUCAGGACACAAAUGACAGACGACAUCUGCCGGAGUUGGCCUAGCUUCCCGUGGCAGGUCAGAUUAACAAAUUCUGAAGGAGAGGACUUCUGUGCUGGCGUGUUACUCCAGGAAAACUUUGUGCUGACAACAGCGAAGUGCUCGUUACUGCACAGCAACCUCACUGUGAAAGCAGAUGAUGACCAGCAGAUCGGGAUCAAGAGCGCCCACGUGCACAUGCGUUACGACGAGGAGACGGGGGAGAACGAUGUCUCACUGCUCGAGCUGGAGAAACCCUUGCAGUGUCCCAUCCCAGCGCUCCCUGUCUGUGUCCCAGAGAGGGACUUUGCAGAGCACGUCCUCAUCCCUGGAACGGAGGGUGUCCUCAGCGGCUGGAUGCUUAAUGGCAUAGACCUGGAUCGCACAAUGACGAUGCUUUCGGUCACACAAACAGAUGGGGAGGAAUGUGGACAGAUCCUGAAUGUAACCGUCACUACGAGGACAAGCUGUGAGAAGGGCAGUGAAGUGAUGGGGCCUUGGGUGGAAGGAAGUGUGGUGACUCGCCAGCACAAGGGCACCUGGUUCCUCACAGGGAUCCUAAGCUCGCCGCCGCCACCAGGGCAAUCACACAUGCUCCUCCUCACCUCAGUCCCAAGAUACUCCAUGUGGUUUAACCAGAUCAUGAAGUAGCUGAUGACUUAGAUCACGAUGGCUGCCAAGCAGUCAAAUCCUGUCACAGUUACCACUGGAAGAUGGCCUCUCGUUCCUUGGGACUUUACAUUUUUCUUUAUUCUUGAGAAUUUCUUACAUGCAUACAAUGAAAUGUGACCACACCCACACCCUGUUUCCCUUUUCUAACUCCAUUUAUAUUUCCCUCA